UGGCAGUGAGCCUCACACACCCACUAGGCAAGCUCCCAGACCUCCCUCCCCCACCCCAGGGUGCCCCCACAGAAGGGGUCCUGGGGCUUCCCGCAGGGAGAAGACAUGGGGAAGACAGGUGAGUGGUGGCAGGUAAGGAAGAGAGACACACUUGGUCCUGCUCUCCGGGGCACCCGAGGGCCUCCCCAGGGAGGGGGGGGGUGGCUCUGGGGCGCAGCAUCUGCAGGAGCCACCUUGGGGUGCCAUUGGCAGGGAGGCUGGAGAGCCACCAAGACAGGUGUCUGUAGGGUUCAGCUGGGAUAGAGGGCAGGGCAACACCCUCACCCCACCCUGGGGUCAGCACAAGGCUGAGAGGGCAGCCAGCACUAUGGGGGGAGGGGUCUUGCCCUCAGACAGGCCCACAGCUGCCCAGCCCCCAAACCCUGGUCCUGGGCAAGUCACACCCCCUCUGGGCUGUGACAUGGGGUGUGACAGCCCAGUGCAGAAAUGCCACACACUGGGCCCUGGGAACAAGCACUGCAGUGCUGGAAGACGUCUGGGAUGGGGCUGCACCCCCACCAGUUCCCAGUGGACAGAAGAGCUGCCUCUGCUGCUGGACAGACAGGACUGGGGGCAUAGGCAGGGCCUGCUCUGUGCCACCAUUUGGGCACAGGAGGAACAGAAGUGCCUGAAGCCCUGUGGCCCUGCCUCCUGCCAUGGACUGCGCCAGCCGGGGAUCCUGCCUCCUGCCAUGGGCUGGCCAGCUGGGGGUCCAGGGGCCACAUGAACUGGAUUGGAGACACCCUGCACCAGGUCUACCGUCGUCGAGAGCCCCACAGGGCCCUUUCCCUGGGGUCAGCUCGGCAAGUCACAGCUGGGGACACUCGCCCACAGGCAGCAUGUCGUCCCUGCUGGACAUCAAGAGCAGCGUACUGCGCCAGGUGCAGACCCGUCCAUCCUUCCGCCGCCGGCCCGAAGGGGAGCCGGGGGAGCCGUCUGCCAGGGCCUGGCCCCCGGGGGACGGGGCAGCCUUCUUCACACAGAUGCGACAGGUGCUGAGGAAGGCGGAUGGCAGAUGCCAUCUGCCGCGCCCCGAGGUGAGGCCGGCUUCAAGCACCCCACUGCGCCACGGGCCUCUGCUGCUUGCCUCAGCCUGGUGUCCCCCACAGGUCCUCCUGCGCAGUGACUCCCCUGCCCCUGAAGAGCCUGUGGACCCUGCCCGGGGCCUUCGGGCCCUGACACAGGAGGAGGUGGAGAUGCUGUACGAGGAAGCUCUGUACACCGUGCUGUACCGCGCGGGGACCCUGGGCCCCGACCAGGUGGACGAUCAGGAGGCCCUGCUGGACUACCUGCAGCAGGUGUUUGGCACUAGCCUGGAGGAGCACACCCAGGCCAUGGAGCGGGUGCGCAGGGCCAAGGCCCCCACCUUCGCCCUCAAAGUCUCUGUGGUACAAGCCAAGAACCUACUGGCCAAGGACCCCAAUGGAUUCAGCGACCCCUACUGCAUGCUGGGCAUUGUGCCGGCCUCGGGUACCCUAGCCCAGCAGGCCAGGCCCAGGGAACAGCGCUCCAGCCCUCGAAAGAGCAGCAAGCACAGCAGCCCACCGCCCACCAAGUGUGUCCAGGUGACCGAGGUCAAGAGCAGCACCCUGAACCCCGUGUGGAAUGAACACUUUCUCCUUGAAAUCCAGGACGUGGGCUCCGACCAACUGCGCCUGGACAUCUGGGACCAUGAUGAUGACGUAUCCCUGGCGGAGGCCUGCCGGAAGCUGAACGAGGUCAUGGGCCUGAGGGGCAUGAGCAGGUACUUCAAACAGAUAGUCAAGUCAGCCAGAGCCAAUGGCGCAGCCGGGCCCCUGGAGGACCACACUGACGAUUUCCUGGGGUGCCUCAACAUCCCCAUUCGGGAGGUGGCCGUGGCGGGGGAGGAUCGCUGGUUCAAGCUAGAACCCCGCUCCAGCGCUUCCCGCGUGCAGGGAGAUUGCCAGCUGGCCCUCAAGUUGAUCACCACUCAGAGGGACACGGCCAUGGGGCAGCGCGGGCGGGCGGGCUUCCUGUCCUACCUGCUGCUGCUCGGCCGCCUGCUGCAGUUCGAGCACCGCGCUGGCGCUGAGGAGUCCAACUCGAGCAGCUGGCGCGGCGAGCUCAGCGGGCCCGCGGCCACUGUCCUCUGCUUGCACGGCACCCAGAGCAACCUGUCGGAGCUGCAGCUGGCCGUGCUGCACUGGCAGGUCAGCAGCCGCCACCACCAGGCUCGCACGCUGGACUACGGCUACCUGCUGGGCCUGCUGGACGACGUGCUGGCGCACUGGGACCAGGCGAGCACGCUGCCCCAGGAGCAGGAGGAGAGCCUGGCCGACAGCUUCUCUGCCUUCUCCGACUUUGCGCUGUGGUUGCUGCGACAUCUGCGGGAAUUCUUCCCCGCCUCCAACAGCACUGCUGUGCGGCGCCUGGAGCUGCUGCUGAGGUGUCUCCACAAGCUGCAGGCAUUCCAGCUCUCUGGUGAGCUCUGCCCCUUCCAGACCCAACUGAACUCGGACUUGGCCGCUGCUCUGAAGAGAGGCAACCGUGAGUGGUAUGACAAGCUCCUGGAUGCCAAGAGUCCUCGCGAGCAGCCCGGACCACAGCGCCUGGCGGGACUGGUGGAGCUGGCAGACGCUGUGUACGAGGACCUGCAGGCCUGCUACAGUAUCUAUGCCGACCUCUUCCACAGCAUCGUCAAGGUCGACAUCUUCACCCUGACUUUCUGGCAGCUGGAGCAGCUGGUGGCCGAGGAGGCAUGGGUGUUGACCGAGGAGCUGAGCUCCAGGAUGACCCCUGAGGCUGCCCUGGGACUCUUCGAGCUCUAUCUGACCCUGGCAGACAUCCAGCGUUUCUGGGACUGCAUCCCCGGCCGGGACAGCCAUUCGCUGGCACUGGCUGGUAUCCACACCCCAUUCCUGCCUGCCGUGAAGCUUUGGCUGCAGGUACUGCGGGACCAGACCAGGCGGAGGCUGCAGACAGCUGUGGACGUGGACACGCUGGAGCCCUCGGAUGCCAGCUCCAAGCAUAGCAGCUCCGCAGCCACCGCUAGCCUCUGCUUCAGCCUCCUCCAGGAGCUCUGGGCCCGUCUGGCAUGGCCAGACCCCGCCCAGGCCCAGGCGCUGGGCACCCAGCUCAGCCAGGAUCUGUGUGAGGCUGUGCUUUACUACACGGAGCAGCUACGCAGGAAGGCAGAUGCCCAGCCAGGGGCCACGAGCGGGCCGGUGAUCGAGCAGCUCUGUGUAGUUCUCAACAACGUGGAGCUCACCCGCAAGGCUUCUCGCAAGGCUCUUCGGGGCCUGGCCUGGCCAGAGGGGCCGGAAGGUCUCCAGGAGGCACUCCCACGCGCCCUGCUCAGCUGUGGCCAAGCCCUGGAGGAGGACCUGCAGCGGGAGGCCCACACGGUGACCGCACACCUGACCUCCAAGAUGGUGGGUGACGUCAGGAAGUAUGUGCAGCACAUCAGCCUCUCACCAGACUCCAUUCAGAGUGAGGAGGCGGUCGCCCCUCUCCUCAAAUUCCUGGACGAGAAGCUGUCACAGCUGAGCGCAGCGCUGGUGAAGGAGGGCCUGAGCAGGGUGCUGGAGGCUCUCUGGGAGCUGCUGCUGCGUGCCAUCCUGCAGGCACUGGGGGCCCACCGUGAUGUGUCCCCUGACUUCUACGGACGAUUCCACUUCACGCUGGAGGCCCUGGUCAGCUUCUUCCAUGCUGAAGGCCAGGGUCUUCCUCUGGAGAGCCUGAGGGACGGGAGCUACAAGAAGCUGGAGGAGGAGCUGAGGCUGCACCGGUGCUCAGUCCGUGAGUGCAUCGAGCAGUUUUACCUGGACAAGCUCAAGCAGCGCUCCCUAGAGCAGCACCGCUUCGGGCGUCUGAGUGUCCGCUGCCACUAUGAGGUGGCCGAGCAGCGGCUGGCCGUGGAGGUACUGCAUGCGGCUGACCUGCCCGCCCUGGAUGCCAAUGGCCUCAGUGACCCCUUUGUGAUCGUGGAGCUGGGCCCCCCCCACAUCUUCCCGCUGGUCCGCAGCCAGAGGACUCAGGUCAAGAGCCGCACCCUGCACCCCGUGUAUGAUGAGCUCUUCCACUUCUCUGUGCCGGCCGAAGCCUGCCGUCGCCGCGCGGCCUGUGUGCUAUUCACAGUCAUGGACCAUGACUGGCUGUCUACCAAUGACUUCGCGGGUGAGGCAGCCCUCGGCCUGGGCACCGUCACCGGGGUCACCAGAACCCCAGCGGGUGGAAGCAUCAGAGCUGUGCAGCCGGUCACCCUGCAUUUGUGCCGGCCCCGUGCCCAGGUGAGGUCUGCUCUGCGCAUGCUGGAGGGCCGCGCCAGCAGGGAGGCACAGGACUUCGUCAAGAGGCUCAAAGAGCUGGAGAGAAGCAUGGAGGGGGAUCCCUGAGCUCCACCACGCCGCACCCGAGCUCCCAUCUGUUCUGGUUGUGUGUGCUGUGCCGUGCUGUGUGCUGUGAACCCGAGCCCAGUAACCCCUCACCCUGGCCAGCAGAAUGGGGGCCUGGUGUCACGAACACAGGAGGCUCCUUGGUCCUCCUGUCUCCUUGGGGGAUGAGGCCUCACAGAGCAGGAGGGUCUGGGUUCUAGUCUGCCCAACCCACACCUUGGACAAAGCUGAUGUCGGGCCCAGGUGGGUGAGGUGUGGCCAUAGCCUGGCACCAUGUCUGGCCCAGCAGGCUGGUUCCCAGGCCCAGAGAAGUCCCCUGGGAUUGCCACCUGAGAGUAUAGGUCAGUUAAAGGACUCCACCAACCCGUGGCCCAGUCCUUCCAGGCCCUGACCCCCCCCCUCCCCCCAGGGAUGAGCGCAAAGAACCAGAGUGACACCAGGGUCAGGCCACAGCUUCAUUGGGAGCCCUACAGCGCCUGAGCCUGGCCGUUUCAGAGAGAAGCCGAGUGCAGUCUGCUAGCAUGGCCGUGGCUGAGGCCAUCAGCCCAUCUGCCCCAAGUCCUGCUGCCGUGUCCCAGAUUCCCUCUUCAUCACGCAACCCCCAGAAAUACAGCUUUCUGCAGCCUCA